UCGCAAACCUCACGUCCACCCCGAUAAAAGUCUUCGUUUAAGAUUGGAGCCAAAUUGAGAGAGCGUUUGGCUCUUGCUACAGAAGAAGGACGUUUCCAUUUGUUUAUAAAGUCGUUCCAGAGCACACUGAAAAAUAAACAUCCCACACAGCAAACGGACGAAAGACACAUAGCACAGCAACACCUCCGGACGAUCACUACACGAACUAGUGUUAUACAGCGCAGCGCGUAAGAGAAUUUCAAUGGAACGCCGGCAUUUUUUCCUGAGCCCAUUCGUGGAUGUCAAGACUCACUCCGUACAUCUUCCACCCUACCCACCACUAUCUCCCGGAAUAAAGCAACCGGUUUCUCCGAUUCCCCGAGUUCCAGUCACCAAACCUGGUUCAUCUUACAGAAUCGACGACAUUCUAAGCAAACCAGACCCGCAUCCUCCAGUAAGCAUGCCCACGACCGUUCACUUCAGAUCAUAUCCUUCCUUACCACAGCGCCGGUACGGCUAUGGACCAAACGUAUCUUAUCUCUGGAGUAACAUGUUACAAUCUCAGUGGCGAGAAAGGUUCAACGCGGCUCAAGUCCAUUCGGCCUGCAGUGACAGAGAGACGGACGGCAAACGGAAACAUACUCGACCAACGUUUAGCGGACAUCAAAUAUUCGCGCUGGAAAAAACCUUCGAACAGACAAAAUACCUGGCCGGGCCUGAGCGCACAAGGUUAGCCUAUUCCCUUGGAAUGACAGAGAGCCAGGUAAAGGUUUGGUUUCAGAACCGUAGAACGAAAUGGCGCAAGCGCCACGCCGCGGAAAUUGGCGCGAAAAAAACACACGAAGACGAUGAAUCCGCCGAUGGCGCCCAAAUCGUUGAUGUCCACGAAAGGCAGAGAAGUCCUUCGCCGGAUAACGAACGGUGUUAAUAGGCAGCAAGCAACUUACGUAAAGAUAAGGAAGAGAAACAUUUACAAUCUGUGAUAUGUUAGGAACGAAGGAAACAAAAAAUACCCCCAGGGAGUCGAUCGAGGACAAAUAUAUUUCAAUCUGGAACUCUUGGAAAGUAAACUUUUGUAAUUCUUUCGCAAGAUGAAAAGCUUAUCCAGGGUUCACAACCCUUAUGAAGGCGUCAGAUGAGAAUACAUAAUAAUAGGCCAUAAAUAUAAUUAUGUCAUAGUUUUUAUUGCAAAUGAUGAACUGCUAAAUCUCGAUAAAGUAUCAAGAGAAAUUUCUAAAUGAAGUGUGAUUGGAAAUCAUUCUGACCCAAAAUUUGAAAACCCACUCCUUAAAAGAAUUUCUUCUGAAUUCGUUCUGCUCAAAGUUGCUGUGAUGUGUUAUGUGUUUUGGUAGCUUUCCACAGGAUACAAAUUGCUCAACAACUUUAAUUUUUAAUGGCAUCGCUUGGGUGUAAUUUCAGUUUGUCAGGUUUUCCAUAUAAAUGGCUCUGGUUUUUUCAGUGCAAAAAAAAAUUAUCAACUCUUUUAUUAUUUUUUUUUUUUUUGAGAAAAAUUUGAGCGUGCCUUUCCUGUGUAUCCAUGUUUUGUUUUCAACUUUUAAUCGCCAUCUAUUGAAUCAUGCUGUUUGCUAUGAACCAGCUGAGUCUACGCAAUGUAAACCAACGAAAAACCAUAUCGAAGGCUUCAUGAAUAGAUUUUCUCAAACUCUCUGCCCUUGUAAGAGCAAUGCAACUGGUUUGAAAACAUUCAUGAAUUCCGUGUUAACCUUCACGAAUCCGCCUUGCCCUAAAUGAUAUAGUUAAAUAAUUUAACGAGACUUCCUUCGGCCAACCACGAAGAAUAAACAGCUUUCGAAAUUGCUAAUAAUGAUUCAGUCAGAAAGUGAACACUGGCCAAUGCCUUUUAACACACUCCUCAAGUUCUGGUGGCUUGUUUGUUUACGGGUUAUUACAAGCAGGUGGUGAUAACCAACCGUCCAUACAUUAUUGUGAUUUACGAAUAACGUUACCCUGCCCAUGUUUCACUAAAUAUUUUAAAGUGUAAGUCACCGUAAGACAAUUGAAUCCAGCCACAAACUUACACAUAGAGAUAAUGAUACGCGAGACAAUCUUCCCUCAAAAUAUUACGGAACUCUACCACCAUAAAAUAUACGGCCUUCCAAUGAAUUUAAUUCCCGAGUGGGCCGAUAUCGAAGUUUUCGUUUCAUUGUCACUUCAGUCAAAAGAUUCUUAUGCUUGUAUUCUUUGAAGUGCCUGUAAAACGGCAUUUUCCGACAAUUAUUCAUGAGACAUGCCUAGUCGUACGCAUAGCAAUUAGAAAUGUUUGUAUUGGCAUUUAUGUUCCAAGACGGAAGUUUUACAUUAUGCUUGCCUUUUUAAGUUAACAUAAUAAACUCCUAUGCGAUGAGUCUUAGUCUAUAAAAGAUAAAACACGGUUCCUUUUCGAAGGAUUCUCGAAAUAAUCUUCUGUUUACGAUUGGUACAUUUAAAACUAGUUGGCAGACUCCAUUUCUUAAUUGUCACCUCAGAAGCUUUUUCAAACCAAAGCGGGAGAUAUAAAUGUGCAGUUUUUAAUUGCAUGGUAUCACUUUAAUUUAUAGCGGCAAUAAUGACCUGUCUGUCGACAUCGUUAGGGAGAAAAGAAUUGAGAUUAAAUCGUAAUUAAAAUU